AUGGACGAUCUUUACGACGAGUUCGGUAACUACAUCGGCGAGGCCGAGUCCGACGAGGAGCAACAUGACCAGGUCCCACAAGCCUUCAAGUUUGAUGAAGCCUUCGACGAUGAGGAGGACGAGGAAGAGGUCAAUGACCAGCAAUUAAUGGAGGUCGACGAAGGACCUUCCAAUGCUGUCGUUUUGCACGAGGACAAGCAAUAUUAUCCCAGCGCACAGCAAGUCUACGGUGCCGACGUCGAGACUCUAGUCCAGGAGGAAGAUGCGCAACCGCUGUCCGAACCGAUCAUCGCUCCCGUCCAGCAGAAGAAAUUUGCGAUCGCGGAAACGGAGCUCCCACCCGUGUAUUUUUCCCGAGAAUUCAUGACAGAUCUGCUCAACUUUCCGGAGCAAAUAAGGAAUGUAGCUGUUGUGGGUCAUUUGCACCAUGGAAAAACCGCAUUCAUGGAUAUGCUUGUGAGACAGACACAUGACCUGACGAAGCGUCUCGAGAAGCGAAUGGGCAAGCGCAGGGAAGAACAGCUGCGGUAUACUGAUGUUCAUUUUCUGGAGCGAGAGCGAGGCCUCUCGGUCAAGUCGGCGCCAAUGAGCUUGGUUCUUCAGGGGACCAAGGGCAAAUCCCACCUGGUCAACAUCCUCGAUACACCCGGACAUGUGAACUUUGUGGACGAGGUGGCUGCAUCAGUCCGGCUGGCUGAUGGCGUCGUCCUAGUAGUGGAUGUUGUGGAGGGUGUUCAGGCCAACACCGAGCAGAUCAUCAAGCAUGCAGUUUUGGAGGAUAUGCCCUUGACUCUUGUCGUGAACAAGAUGGACCGGCUCAUCCUGGAGCUCAAGCUGCCACCCAACGACGCCUAUUUCAAGUUAAAACAUGUGAUUGAAGAGGUCAACACGGUCAUUGAGAACGUUUUGCCUGGCCAGGGCGAGCGACGUCGCCUUAGCCCCGAGAAGGGAAAUGUCGCGUUUGCGUCAAGCUCCAUGAACUGGUGUUUUACAUUGCAGUCCUUCGCUCGGAUGUAUGCAGACACUUAUCCGCGACUCGACUCGACCGAGUUUGCGGCACGCCUCUGGGGAGACAUUUUCUAUAACCCCCGAAGCCGGAAAUUCACUCGCAAGGGCGUGGAAGAAAACUCUAAGCGAGCAUUCGUGAAAUUUGUGCUCGAACCAAUCUACAAACUUUAUUCUCACACGAUCAGUGAGAGUCCCGAAGAUUUAAAAGAGACGCUGGCAAGUGUGGGUGUCAGCUUGAAGCCGUCGCAAUUGAAGACGGAUGCAAAGGAGCUGCUGAACCUUGUUUGCGAGCAGUUCUUUGGCCCACCUGCUGGGUUUGUCGAUAUGAUUGUUCAGCACGUUCCUUCUCCGAUCGAGGGUGCUCAGAGAGCAUUGGAGAGGUACUACACCGGUCCGUUGGAUACCAAGGUUGCAGAAUCCAUGACCACCUGUAAUCAGGAUGGCCCCUUGGUGGUCCAUGUCACCAAGCUUUUCAGCAGCACCGACGCUACUGGUUUCUACUCCUUUGGAAGAAUCAUGAGUGGCACCGCUCGGCCCGGCCAGCAAGUUCGCGUUCUCGGGGAAGGCUACACUCCCGAGGAUGAGGAGGAUAUGGUCGUCGCGACAAUUUCAGACACAUGGAUCGCGGAGACCUGUUAUAAUAUCUCCACGGACGGGGUUCCCGCCGGUAACUGGGUCCUCUUGGGUGGUGUGGACAAUUCGAUCGUCAAGACAGCCACCCUGGUGCCUCUCAAACUAGAGGAUGAUGAAGAGGCGCAUAUCUUCAGGCCCAUUCGACACAUGACUGAAUCGGUCUUCAAGGUUGCGGUGGAGCCGGUCAAUCCAUCCGAGCUGCCCAAGAUGCUGGACGGUCUCCGCAAGAUCAACAAGAGCUAUCCCCUGAUCUCCACCAAGGUCGAGGAGUCCGGUGAACACGUUGUCUUGGGCACGGGAGAACUCUACAUGGACUGUGUCCUGCAUGACCUGCGACGACUGUACUCCGAGAUGGAAACCAAGGUCUCGGACCCGGUCACUCGCUUCUGUGAGACGGUGGUCGAGACAUCGGCUAUCAUGUGUUACUCGAUCACGCCAAACAAGAAAAACAAGAUCACCAUGAUCGCGGAGCCGUUGGAUGAUGGGAUUGCGGAGGAUAUUGAAAGCGGCAGAGUCAGCAUCAAAGACCCUAUUCGGAAGGUUGCUCGUUAUUUUGAGGAUAACUACGACUGGGACAAGUUGGCCGCCCGCAGCAUCUGGGCCUUUGGACCGGAUGAGAUGGGGCCCAACAUUCUGCAAGACGACACGUUACCGUCGCAGGUGGAUAAGAAGCUCCUCGGAACCGUGCGGGAUUCGAUUACCCAGGGAUUCAGUUGGGGUACAAGAGAAGGGCCCCUUUGUGAAGAACCGAUUCGGAACACUAAGUUCAGGCUCACCGAUGUCUCCCUCGCCGACCAGGCAAUCUAUCGCGGAGGUGGCCAGAUCAUUCCAACCGCUCGUCGUGCCCUGUACUCCUCCUUCCUUAUGGCUUCCCCCCGUCUUAUGGAGCCCAUCUACUCCUGCACGAUGACCGGGCCUGCCGAUGCCGUUGCUUCAGUAUACACCGUCCUGUCCCGCCGACGAGGUCACGUCCUGUCCGACGGACCAAUUGCCGGUACUCCGCUCUACUCCGUGCGUGGGUUGAUCCCGGUGAUCGACUCGUUCGGUUUCGAGACGGAUCUUCGCAUUCACACACAGGGCCAGGCCAUGGUCAGUCUGGCGUUCGACAAGUGGAGCGUGGUCCCCGGUGACCCGUUGGACCGAGAUGUCAAAUUGAAACCGUUGGAGAUGGCGGGUGCCAUGGCCACGGCGCGAGACUUCGUAUUGAAGACAAGAAGACGGAAGGGCUUGGCAGAGGAUGUGACGGUGAGCAAGUUCCUCGAGCCGGAGCUGUGGAAGGGACUAAAGGAAAGUGGCGUUUUGGACUCAUGA